CAUAUAUCGUGGUGGAGGUCUGGAUGGUUGGACGGGACAUGACAUUCGUUGAGAUUUGUUUUGGACGUUUGUGUCUGAUCGACGUUGUUGCUGUCUUUACCUACAGACUCGUUCUUUUGUUUGGAUCUGAUUGAUGCUGGCGCUGUCUUUACCUCCAGACUUUCUUUGACUCAGGACAUUCACACCCUCUUUUGGAGCUAUGUUCGAGCUACGGACUGUACUGCUGGCUGCGGUCGCAAUCGGUAUUGCAUAUGUCGCUCGCGGGCUGGUCAAUGGGUACAAGCUCCGGGCGAGGCGGCAAGGCUUGCCAGGACCACCGCACUCAUGGCUCUUCGGAGACUUGGGCACAAUGGGCAAGAUUAACGAUGCAAACCCAGCGAGGGCACAUCCACAUGCGGUCCUCAUUCAAGUCCGGAAAAUGUUCAACCUCCCUCGAUACAUGUACCUCGAUCUCUGGCCCAUCACCUACAGCAUCCUCGUCGUGCAGGAUCCAGACAUGGCCCAGCAAGUCGUGGUGGAGCAUCAAGCGCUGAAGCAUCCCAUUCCCAAGGACAUCAUGGAAGCCGUCGUGGGUCCGGACGACAUGGUCACGAUGGACGGCCCUCAAUGGAAGAUGUGGCGCACUAUGUUCGCGCCGGGCUUCAGUAACAAACACGUCAUGUCGCAAGUCCCGGGAUUCGUGGACGAUGUCAACAUCUUCAUCGAGCGAUUGAGCGAGCAUGCCGAGCGAAGGGAUGUGUUCCGUUUGUUUGAGCGGACUUCGAGGUUGACUGUUGAUGCGAUCGGGAGGUCGGUGUUGAACAUCCAGUUCAACAUGCAACGCGGUGACCAUGCCUUUUUCCGUGCUUUGACCCAACAAUUGCAACUCCUCGAAAAUGGCCCAUUCGGAAUACUCACCGGCUGGUCGCCGUUGGUCAUAUAUCAGAAGUGGUGCAACAAUCGCAUCAUGAGCGACUACUUCGGCAAAGUUCUGGAUGAUGCCUACGCAAAGAGACGUCUGCAGCGGGAGAUCAAGGACGACUCGGGCCGGACGACUCUCGACCUCGCGCUCGACAGCUGCUUCGCUGGCGAGAGCAGCAUCGUCGAAGCUCGACCGGAGAAGCUCAACCCGACACUGCGAACAGGCAUCAUCACUCAACUCCGCACCUUCGUCUUCGCCGGCCAUGACACCACAGCCGCCACUAUCUGCUACCUCUUCUACGUCCUUUCCAAGAAUCCCACUUGCCUGCAACGUCUCCGCGAAGAACACGAAAUCAUUCUGGGCUCCUCAUCUACCACAGCGUCCACUCUGAAAUCUUCUCCUCACCUCCUCAACCAGCUCGAAUACACCCACUGCGUCAUCAAGGAAACCCUCCGCCUCUACCCCAUCGGCGGCACAGUGCGAUCAGGCUCUCCAUCAUUGCACCUCACCGACCGCGAGACGGGUGAAAAGUUCCCCACCGACGGCUACAUGAUCAUGAUCGAUCAGUACGGCAUGGGACGCAGCGAAGACAUUUGGGGUCCCGACGCCAACGACUUCAACCCGGAUCGCUUCAUGCCCGAGAACAGCGGCAAGAUUCCAAAGGGUGCGUACAGGGCCUUUGAACUGGGUCCGAAGAAUUGUAUCGGACAGAAUUUUGCCAUCAUGGAGAUGAAGGUUGUGUUGGCGUUGGUGGCGAGAGUGAUGGAAUUCUCUACGGCGCUGGAUGAAGAGGGAUUGGCGGAGGUGGGAAGAGAUGGGAGUGACUUUGCGAAGGAUCCGAGCUUUAGGAAAGGAAAGCAGGAUGUUGAGGGAGAGGAGAUGUAUCAAGUUCUUGUUGGAGCGGCGAAGCCGAGAGAGGGCAUGCCUGUUCGGGUGAAGAAGGUUGAUUGGAAGCCUUGAGAUGCGUGAGAAGAGAUCGUUUCUUCAUUGGCAUUAUGCAAGAGUCUGGAAUUCACUGCUACUCUCCCUAUAGGUCUUUGACUCGAACCUUCCUUUGACCA